AUUAAAGAAGUGUCUCCGUCGAGAAAAGGUUACCCCCUGGAGUGCAAAAAGCGAGUUUCCCCAGACAGACGCCCUCAAAUAGAAAUUAAAAUCAAAGGAAAUGCGCGAGGGGCAGCGAUAAACAUAAUGGAAAACAUUGUCUACGACUUUGCCAAAAUCACUUUUCAGCCCAAGGACGUAGGACUAACUGAGAACAGGCCGGCCCCUAGUGCCAAUUUCUGCUGGAGCUUCAAAUCCAUGGCCAUGUCAGAUACGGAGGAGAUGCAGGACACCCCCGGGUGUUCACGGGCUGAGGAGUCUGACGACAGUGUAAGCAGCGUGUCCAACGCGUCGGACGAGGCAGACUCUCAACUGAGUCGGGCCGAGGACAACGACGACGAUAGCGACUGCCUCAGUGGAUCUAGUCGCUCGUAUGUCUAUAGUUCAAGAAGUGGUGGGGCUCGUCGCAGGAUGCCCGCCCGGUUAUCCAAGGACAACUUCAACCGGGUAUGCAGCGCCAUUAUGAAGCCGCAGAAGAAGAAACAGCGGAAGGAACUCAGUACCAAUGCACUGACACUGAAAAGCAUCGAGAAGUUAUAUACUAGUAAGCGAAUGAAGAAGUUUACUCCCACCAACUUGGAGACUAUUUUUGAGGAGCCGAGCGAUGAGAAUGCCGCUGAUGCGGAGGAUGACAGCGAAGAAUGUUCCAUUAGCAACCAAGUGAGGAUUGUAAAGUUCGGCGGACGCAAGCUCCGACGAGCCAUAUCCUUCAGCGAUGGACUGAACAAGAACAAGAUUCUAUUAAAAAAGCGACGGCAGAAGGUCAAGAAGACAUUCGGCAAACGGUUUGCCCUAAAGAAGAUCUCUAUGACCGAGUUCCACGAUCGCCUGAACAAAAGUUUUGACAGCGCCAUGCUGGAAGGCGAUGAUGGCGAGCUGGCCUCGGGAUCUGGGGACGCUUCAGAGAUGCUUCCUAAGACCUCCAUGACUAUGGAGGAUAUCCAGUUGCCAACUACCACGGUGACGCUGAGCAGCCAGCAGUUUCACAUGCAACCGGCUGGAUUCGAGUAGAGAGAGACUGAAUGUUCCAUUCGAUGUGCACACACCAUUAUUCAUUUCACUUUACAUCUAGUUGAUAGUGCCCAAAAAACACUCGUACUGAUACCAAUUAUGAAGAUAGGGCUUUCGUUCGUUUUUUCACCAGCUCAUCCGAUGCAUCUAAUCUUAAGUCAGCAUAUGUAUGUGUAUAUAGGAUGUAGAACUAAACUUAUCUAGCCAUAGAAUACGAUUCUGUGCUUAGACCUUAAGCGAAAAAUAAAAGUUACGAUAAUACAUAUCUAUA